CAAAACUUUUUUGUGCAGGAUAACAAUUCUGUUUCCAAAGUUGAUGUAGUAGAGGAUCCACUAUGUCUGCAAGUAUAAUGUAUGCGCGGAGGUGGUUCGAACAGCUCACAACAAUGGAAGAGCAAAUAUUUCGAAAGACUAUAAAAUCAGCAGACGUUAACAAGAUAGAGGAUCACCAUAAAUCACAAGCUCUCCACUGGAACUUUUCUGACCUCCUCCUAAUCAUGUCCUGUUUCCAACUUGAUUUGAUAUAUCUUUGCAACAUGCAUUACAUCUUCAAGAACGAUCUCAAUCCAAGCUUCUUGCAAAGUAUAAUCAUGUAUGGAACGUGGGGCAUAGGUUUGGUGUACAUGGAACUUUUCGUCGGGCAGUACGUUCAACGCUCUUGCCUCUAUUUGAAACACAUGUCGCCUUUAACCUGCUCUACUAUUGGCUAUGGCAUGCUGUUGACCAUGUACUGUUUCUGUAUAGCUGCCGUUAGUCGUUUAGCUGACAGCUACAUGUUUCUUUUUAGAUCGUUUGGUCCGGAACUACCCUGGAUGAUGUGUCCCGAGGGAGCAAGUACAGAGACAUGCAUCGACAGAGCAGUCUUUAUGAAAUGUUACUUAGAGGACAAGCAGAAGGAUUGUUAUCCAAAUAUUAAACCAGAGCUCUUAUCAAGUGCAAUAUAUUACAAAGCCAGAAAUUCGUUCUCUGGAAAUGCGAUUCUUUUACUAUGUGCCUGGCUCACAAUCUACAUUGCAAUGAAACGAAAUCUUAGCGACACACGUAUUGUACGUAACUGAUUGAAAUUACCAAAUUCUUGAUUCAAGUUCUGAUUUUGAUUAUUCUCCAGAUGGUGAAGAGGUUGCUAUUGAUUGCGUUAGUUCUGUUUUUAUGUCUUUUGGCACCAUUGUUGAAUUACGUUAGACUUGGCCUCUCUGUUGCACCAUUUUUCAGUUUGAGGCACACUGCGCUGUUGCGUCUUGAGGUAAUU